AUGGCGCCCUCUCAAUCCGUCGCGAACGCACUUGCAGACGCAGGAACAAACACCGUCCAAUACCCAAGAGCAACCGACGUCCCACGCGUCUUUCCUCAGCGCUAUCCUCCAACCGUGGACCCAUCUCGUUAUCCUUCUCUUAUUGCGGGGUCCGACACACAAUCGGACGACGAUCGGCUUCCUUCACCCUACAGCUUUCAACUUGACGAUGAAAUCAACACCACCGGCUCAACCUUUCUCUUCAUGGCGCCGGGCGCAUCUUCUCUACCCUCUAUCUUGCUUGUCCCGCCAACGGAAGGAGAUGUCAGCAUGCCUAUCCGCCUCUUCGUCGACGACAGUAACGAUUGGACAUACACCAUCCCCGACCCGUUCUUGCUUGCACCGCCGGCGCAGACAUCAUCCGGUCGUGUACUGCACCCUCUCGAGUACGACACCAUGCAGGCUUCCUCUGAUGGUCAGCACUCGCCUUUUCUGCCACGCACUCAGGACGUACCGCACACUCCAUACGUCAGCGAGGACACUUUGAGCGGCUGUGCCGUGAUUCCUUCCGCCUUCGAAGACGAGGAGCAGGAAGACAAACUGAUUCGUGGGUCAACAUCUGUUGUCGAGGUUUAUGUGCGAGGAGGGGUUCUUUGUGAGAGACCAGCGGCGAAGCUAUACAUACUCCCGGAAGUCAUGUAUACACGCCCUCCUUCGCAUGCGCCGUGCGAUCCAUACGAAACGGAUGACGACGAUAAGGACGACGACUGGGAAGUUGUGACGCCGGAUACGACCACCAGCUUCGGGGGCUUCGGCGGCUCAGGCGUGGAAGCACUGUAUUAUGAUGGGACAUGUGAGCAUCUCGCUCUGUGUCAAGAGAAGGAGGGUGCGCUCGCCAACGGAUGCGCGCGAAGCAGGGCCAGGAGUAUGAAAUAUGUGGCUGCUGCUGCGAGAGGGUUCGUGACCAAGUGGCGAGUGUGA